GGCGCGACUCGCGGCCCCGCUCUAGCCAGGACGCACGUGUGCGCGCGGCGCCCGGCAGCCGCCACCGCGGGGCGCAGCCGAGACCCGCGCCUCGCCCGGCCGGCUGCCCGCGAGGCCCGUGGCCGCCGCAGGAGCCGGCAUGAGCGGCGCACGGCGGAGCUGACGCCGGCCCCCGGCCCGUGUCCUUCGCCAUGCUACGCUCGGCACCGCCGGGCCGCUACCUGUACCCCGAGGUGAGCCCGCUGUCGGAGGACGAGGACCGCGGCAGCGAGAGCUCGGGCUCGGACGAGAAGCCCUGCCGCGUGCAUGCAGCGCGCUGCGGCCUCCAGGGCGCCCGGCGGCGGGCUGCAGGCCGGCGGGCCGGGGGAGGUGGGCCGGGACCCGGGGGGCGGCCGGGUCGCGAGCCUCGGCAGCGGCACACAGCGAACGCGCGCGAGCGGGACCGCACCAACAGCGUGAACACGGCCUUCACCGCGCUGCGCACGCUCAUCCCCACCGAACCAGCCGACCGCAAGCUCUCCAAGAUCGAGACGCUGCGCCUGGCCUCCAGCUACAUCUCGCACCUGGGCAACGUGCUGCUGGUGGGCGAGGCCUGCGGCGAUGGGCAGCCGUGCCACUCCGGACCCACCUUCUUCCAUGCGGCACGCACCGGCAGCCCCCCACCCCCGCCGCCUCCACCGCCAGCCCGAGAUGGCGAGAAUGCGCAGCCCAAACAGAUCUGCACCUUCUGCCUCAGCAACCAGAGAAAGUUGAGCAAGGACCGAGACAGAAAAACGGCAAUUCGGAGUUAGGAGGAGGGCCCAAGCAGCCGAGGCGGAUGCAUGGGGAAGGUGGAUGCCAGCGGGGGAUGCACAGACCCCACCUGGACCUGACCUGGGCACGAACCCAGAGAGCACCCACCAGGCCAGACCCGCCCCUGGCUGUGAGCAGGGCCAACGGACAGAUGGACCGACAGGCAGCAGCCUGACUUUGAGCAGCUCAGCACCCGCCCGGCCACUGGAACUUUCCAUGCUGGCUCCCUACCUGGGCUGAGUGUUGGCACCCUGCAUCUCUGAUGUGAUAAUAUAAAGUGUGGAAAUUUUGUAUAAUUAAAAAAUGGAACAGUAUCUUCCAAAUA